AUGGUGCCGAUCCACGCCUGGAUAUUCUUUAUUCAGCUCGUUCUGGUCAGUGGGGCUCACUUGGAAAAUUCUAACGGGACCGGAAAUGCCACGCAUUCCGACAUGGUUAAAAAGCUGUUUGAAACGUAUGAUGGAACGAUUCGACCAGCCAAUCCGAACGGAUCGUCCUCCACAAUUGUCUCGAUUGGGCUGACGAUUGAAAACCUGCGAGAUUUUGAUGACGAGAAAAUGACGUUCUCCGUGCAGUUGACAAUUGAGAUGAGGUGGAACGAUUCUCGUUUGAGGAUAGGUGAUGGUGACGAAUGUGAAUAUGUAAACUUGCCACUUUCUCUCGCUAAAAAACUGUGGAGACCGGACAUGAACUUUGUUAAUGAAUGCGGACAUCUAAAGCACUCAGGUUCACGGGACGACGAGCAUUACAGGAUUUACGGAGAUGGGGUUGUUUUGUACAGAACGAGAGUGACGGUGACGUACUUCUGUCCCAUUUCCUUGGAGAUGUACCCCUUUGACAAGAACACGUGUACAAUGAUGUUCGCAAAUGCUGAAAAUUUAGAUGAUGACGUGCAGUUCGCGUGGUCUCCCGUGGACCCGCUCGUGCUGAUUGAUGACCUUGACCAGGCGGGAUUCUGGGUCAACGGCUUUGUGGCCCGAUACUGCCCUGAAGAUAGCAUGAGAGGAAACUACAACUGCCUGCAAAUAAGCGUUUCCAUCACUCGGAAACUUGGGCGUAUAAUGAUGUCCGUGUACCUGCCAAUGGCCGGAAGUCUCGCAAGCAUCUGGGCAUCCACAAUGUUCACGCCGACCACGUCUUCCUGGCUAUCAAUCCGAUCUCUGAUCCUCUUGGGGGCGGCUGUCCAGUCCAAGUGGUGCGCCUCGAUUCCCGCCGGAACAGUCAAUCUUAACGCGGUGAACGAUAUUACUCCAUUCGACGUGUGGACCUUGGGAUGUCAUGGAUUCGUUGGUAUCGCGUUGCUCGAGCUUAUCCUUGUUCUGGCGAUGCGAGAAUGCAAAUAUUUCAUGGGUCAGGAUGGAAAUCAAAAUGUGGACCCGAUUUGGGUCGAAGUUGCCAUGAAAAUUUUCUACCCGAUGGGAGUGGCUGCAUUUAUGGGGGCAUAUUUCAUCGCGUACUAUGCAUUGCGGGGGUAGAAAUUCAGAACAGCAGGGAAGAGCUAAUCCUAGUAAAAUGUACCUUCUAAAAUGUACCUUGUCAAAUUUACCUUGUCAAAUGUACCCUGUAAAAUAUACCUUGUAAAAUGUAUGUAUCUUGUAAAAUGUACCGUGUUAUACGUACCUUGUAAAAUGUAUGUACGUUGUAAAGUGUCAUAAACACGAAUAUGAAAUUCGAAAUAUAUGUUUAUAUAUAGGUACAUUUUAGAGGAAAUUUGCUUAAAAACAUCCAAAGGACCAUGCUGUUACCUGAAAUUUUUAUCAAAUUCAUCUAUUUCAAUUAUACUUAAAAUAGAAUUAUUUAUCGUUCACGCUUGAUGCACACGUAGAUAAUCGCAGCGAAUAGGUUUUGGUCUGGUUAAGCAAAGUGUUGGACACAGGUUUGAAAUCAGGGGAAAGGUGUGUACAUAUCUGAAAAUCCUGUGGUCUCCAUGACAAACUCACCAAUAAAUAUUUGCCACUAUUUACAGAUCUUUAAAUUGAUACUUCAGUACAAUAUUAAGAUAUGGCUUUAUGCACAAACUUUCAUACCCUUCAACAAUUGAGCAGUGGAGUUGGUUCAGUACCGACUUUCGAACAAAGGUGUUCCAUGUAUAGGUUUGUCUAAUAGUUUUGGGAUUGUGGGUUACAAUAUCUGGUGAUGAUGAGAUGGUGAUGUGAAGUCAUUGCGGAAUAAUAACAGUAUUAGAAAUAGUAAAGUUGUGAAUAAAAGAGCUACGUGACUUGACAGCUUGCACAGAAUGUAUGUAUGUUGAAAUAUUUAUGUAAGUAGUAAUAGAAUUUGUUGUUUACCUUUCUCCAGUACAAUUGAACUUAACAUUUGACAAAAAUAAAGAUAAUUUUUCGUCCUUUUUAGUCUGCUCCA